GCGUGUUUUUGUUGUUCUUUCUUCUCAACCACCUGCCGUCAGGAAUCGGCCUUCUGGGUUGUUGUUCUGACCAGCCAAUAGCUCCAUACCACAGCUCAAGGCACCUCUCACGAAAAUCGCUGUCUACGCAUCCUUGACAACCAAUAUUCAUCAAGUCAGCAUGGUAGAGAUACCUGUCCACCCCCCCGGCCGCCUGGCUCAGCACCUCAGAGUCACUACGCGAUGCACCAAGAGCGGCUACGACCUCGAAGAAGAGCUCAAAGCAGGCAAGAUCGCCAUUCGCCUGACGGACGAGCAGUCCCAAAGCCCUCUUUCUUUGGACGGUAUCUGGUCCACCAGCAUGAAGAACCCCGCAUCCAAGCAAGAAACUAAGCGCUAUUGGGAGCGUAUGCGCAAAGAGUGCACGGAUCCUCAAGAGGGGUUCUUUCUUCGGUGGGAGAAUAUCGAGAGCAUGAUGCGGCAUGUCGAGGGAGGCUUUACGGAUUGGAAUCCAGACGAUCAUGCGUCAGAGUGGAUUUCCCUUUCGGUCGACUUUGACUGGAUCAUCUACCAAAUCGCGUACCGACUUUUCCACCGAAAACGCUCCUACGUGAUCAUGAGUAUCAUUCGCCUUCCCGACGGAGACGGCCAUGGCAGCUCCCUGAUCGUCGGUAAUCCUGUCAAGGCGGCCUCGAAAAAGGGUGGUGACUUUAGGGACCGUCGAGGAUACAAGUUUUCUCGUCGAUUUGCCGAGAGACUUGCCUAUAGGCGAAUUCCGAAGAGUUGUAUAGAACAGUCUAUGGUCUUCACGGCCUAUGUAAGUUCCUGUGCCAGAGGACCGCGAAUUGAUCAUCGAUAUUCGCUCUUAGCAUCUUCCCCUGACGAUACCCGCCAAGUAUCUCAAAGACCAUGGACAGAGUCAGGACACCAGAUGGGAAGACGACCUCUCUUUUAGCCCUCAUAUCACCAGAUUCAACGCGAUCAAGAGCCAAAUCCGUCUGAGGCAGAGGAAGCUUUUGAAGGGAUGAGAGCACGAGCUCAGAUGGCCGCUAUGGCUACUGUUGGAAGACUUCCAGACCGGGUCUAGGGGUGGGACAUUGUGUGCAUGACCGGACCAAAGAUCUCCAACAACAUCGCCGAAGAGAGUAGCCUACAGAAGUGUCUUACAUAGUUCACAAGGCUUGAAUUGUUAUAUAUGCAGACGUCUCCGGCAAUACGUGAUGAGAAAACUGGGAUAGAUGGGCCAUGGUCAGCGACGUGUCGCGCAGGGCUAAUUCAGAGA